AGAGAGAGAGAGAGAACGCGAGAGAGAGAGAGAGAGAGAGAGAGAGAGAGAGAGAGAGAGGACAGGACAGGACAGGACAGAGCAAAGACACAAAACGGAGCGCUUCACUUCAUUACGCACACAUUACCACGCGGGAAAACACGGUACCGAGUCCAUAAAUUCACUAUCAAGCUAUAUUUUUAUCACGAGCUGAGAAAGGACGGGAUUUAAGGAAUUCAUCUUCACUUUUAAAGAAAGUUUUUUGUGGAUUUUGUGCGUCUGGAGAGGUGUAAGGAUGCGCGUCUCCGUCCUGCUGGUGCUGCUGUGCGCUCUUUACGCAGGAAACGCGCACAAACUCUCCGCGCUGACGUUUCUGCGUGUGGAUCAGGAUAAAGAAUGUAUCAUGGAUUGUUCCGGAGCUGAUCGUAAGCCGCUGUGCGCAUCCGACGGCCGGACCUUCACUUCCCGCUGCGAGUUUCUCCGUGCACAGUGCCACGACCCUCAGCUGGAGGACAGCCGAGGGCCGUGCAAAGAUACGUCCAGGUGUGUGGUGGAGAAGAAGUACACAGAACAGCAAGCCAAGAAAGUCUUCCCGCAGGUGUUUGUACCUGUCUGCAACCCUGACGGAACCUACAGUGAGAUCCAGUGUCACAGCUACACUGGUUACUGCUGGUGUGUAACGCCCUGUGGCCGACCAAUCAGUGGCUCUGCAGUAGCCAAUAAGAAACCUCAAUGUCAAGGUUCCAAGAACGGAAAGGGGAAUCCAAAAGAGCCGGGAAAAGCAGUUUCUUCGCAAUUCUUCUCCAUUCUGAAUGCAGAUGAUUCGGUCACUGUCGUAAUGGAACCCCAGCCGUCCACAGAUGAGGAAGAUAUCAUCUCUCAGUACCCCACACUGUGGACAGAACAGGUUCGGAGCCGACAAAACAGGACCAGAACACAAUCGACCUCAUGUGAUCAGGAGAAGCUGACGGCACAGGAAGAGGCAAGACAACAUAAAAAUAAUGCUGUGUUUGUGCCGGAUUGUGCUCAUGGAGGCCUUUACAAGCCAGUACAGUGUCAUCCUUCCACUGGGUACUGCUGGUGUGUUCUGGUGGACACCGGCCGGCCCAUACCUGGAACAUCUACAAGAUACGAACAACCGAAAUGUGAUGGAAAUGCCAGAGCUCAUCCCAAAAAAGCGAAGGACCAUUACAGGAGCAGACAUCUGCAAGGAUGUCCCGGGGAGAAGAAAGCAGAGUUCCUCACUAGUGUCUUAGAUGCGUUGUCCACAGACAUGGUGCAUGCGGUGACUGACCCCGCCUCUGCUGGCAGGAUGCUGGAGCCAGACCCCAGCCAUACUCUGGAAGAACGAGUGGUUCACUGGUAUUUCAGUCAGCUCGACAAAAACUCCAGCGGCGACAUCGGAAAGAAAGAAAUCAAACCCUUCAAACGCUUACUGCGCAAGAAAUCCAAACCCAAAAAGUGUGUGAAGAAGUUCGUGGAGUACUGUGACGUCAGCAACGAUAAGGCCCUGUCUCUGCAGGAACUGAUGGGAUGUCUGGGAGUCACAAAGGAAGAGGGGGCAAAAACAGGUGAAGGCACAACCUCUAGCAAACUGAACCUGUCAAAGAAACAAGGCUAAAGUCACCUCUGAUAUCGCCGCGCUUCUGUCCCGCAGACCCCAACCCCACCAAAACGACGACGGAAACCAUAGUCUUUGCACUUUGUACUUUAAAACAAUGUAAAUUCACUUUGUAGAAAAAAACGGUAUUUAAACAGACUGCUGAGUAUGUGAAUGAUGUAGUUAGAAUUGUUAUGUCCUUACAACAACAGCGAAAUGAAUAAUAAUAAUUUAACACAUACAAUGUAUGUGUCCUUUGUGAGUCUAAAACUUUUCUAAGUUGUAUUACAUGUGUUGUCAAAGCCAGCCUUGUUGUUCUGUUACAUAUUUUGUUUGUCUUUAUUUUGGGCUAAUCUAUGGAUAGUUUGUAAUGCAUCUAAACUGAAUUUUAGAAGUCUCAUCUUAGUUUUUAUACCAAACACCAAUACUGCUUGAGUUUGACUUUAGAGAUUACAGUCACGUCCAGACAUGGAUAUACAGUAAAUGUUGAAACUGUUUUAUGAUGAGUAGAAAUAAAGAAGUCUUU